UCAUCGCGGCGUACAAGAACAGAAGACAUGGCAUCCUCAGACCUGGACAGCUUGUACUUUCACAUCAACACAAAGAUUUCAACUGUUAAAAAGGCCCUUCAGUUAAGAAGGAUAGGUGAAGAGCCCUCCCUCAAAUCUAUGCUCUGUAAAAUAGGCAAGGAGGUGGUUGCCUCGCAUGGUCUCCUGGAUAAAAUGGAAAUGGAAGUUCAACGGCAGGAAAAACUGAGGGAUAUGCUAAAAGCACUCCAGAAGUCUGCUGAGGAAAAUCUGCUUCAAGCACAGCACCUCUGUGAAAGCAUUCCCCAACUGCUUAAACCAUUUAAGAUAUGCGUUGCUAUUCCACUUGUGAAAAAGAAAGAGCAAAGAAAAGCUAUAGAGCCUGAACAUCCGAAGAAACCAUCAAGAGAGAAGAUAAUCACUAAAAAAGUGAGCUUAAUAACAGUAGAAGAAUUCAAAGAUGUCCCUGCGUAUAUGAAAGGUCGUAUCACCUGUGAACAGAUUAACAGCAGUGUGAAUGAGAUCAACAAAGCUUUGGAGACCAAGUACAAGAUCCUGCAGCAGUCUUUGAAAUCCAUGAAUACGGCAACCAGAAAGCAUUACCACAGGUUCAAGGAAGAAGAAACAAAGGAUACCAAAGGUGAGUUUUUCUUUGUGGAGGCUGAUAUCAGAGAGUUCACCCAUCAGAAGACGGACAGACGCUUCUAUGUAAUCCUCAACAUCCUGCGCCACUGCCAGAGGCUGAGAGAAGUCCGUGGCUCCAAUCUUGUCCGCUACGUCAUCUGCUAAGCAGCCUCCCACCUCCUGCUUGUCCAGGGAUACAGUAGGGUGAAGUAUUGCUGUGAGGCACACCAAGGGUUUGUUGUCUGCAGAAAAGGUUCUAUGUCAGAGUCUGUCUUAUUUUCUGAGCACCAAGAAGUGUUUUUCAGACCUCUCUGUCUCUCUCUGAAAUUAGGAGUGGCAAUAUCAAAUGACCUUGAGGUAUUUGUGGUUUGUUUUGAGGAACUCCUGUCCCUGGGUGAAUGACAAAUGGAAACCAGAUUGGAAUUGGUGCAUCUGUGUUCACAGGAGGUUUUAAUCAAAUUUUUAGGUCAGCUCUUGAGAGUCAAAUUCUCCCCAUGUUAAUAAUGUUCCUUUUUGUGUUUUAUGAGUUGGCGGCUGUUGAAGCCUCUGGAGCUACUCAUAGAAAGCAUUUAAUCCCUCUAACCAAUUUCCAGAUUUCCUUUCCUUCAUCUUUUGCUUCUUAGCCUAAUUUUAUAUUUUGGAGUUUCCUGCAUGGCUCCGACAGGAAGAGCUGAGGUGCUUUAAACGUUUCCAGACCAAGGAUCAGUAGUUCUGGGAGCCAU